GUAGAGGAUAGAUGUUACAAUGUAGGGGCAGCUAGGUGGUGUAGUGAAUAAAGCACGGCACUGGAUUCAGGAGGACCUGAAUUCAAAUCCGGCCUCAGACACUUGACACUUACUAGCUGUGUGACCCUGGGCAAGUCACUUAGCCCUCACUGCCCCCCCAAAAAAAAUAUUGAUGUUACAAUGUAAUCUAUGAUAGACUCUUUGAAAACAGGGAACACCCAGCACAGUAUUAUACAGAUAGACAGAAGGACAGAUGGAUGGACAGGUAGAAAGGCAGGCAGACUGACAGACAGAGGAUUUAAUAUGCUUGGCUAUGUGCCAACAAUUGUGCUAAGUACUGAGAAUACAAAUACAAGAAAACAAUAUAGUCCCUGUCCUCAAGAAGCUUACAUUCUAAGGGGGGAAGACAACACAUGAAGCCAUACUGGAAUGGGGAGGAGAGAAACCAGAUGUGGGCAUGAUGAGAAGAUUGUGCAUUGCAGAUCUGAAUCAAAGCAAAACAAGACAAAAAUCUCAUCUCUCAGAGCAGGGGACCCCCUUGAAUGAACUCAAAGUUUCUCAUGAGGUGGAAGAUGGUCAGAGAAUAGGCCAUGCUAAGAAAAUUUAUCUUUAGUAAAUGGUUAUGGAAGGAAAGAAGGAAGAAGAGGAGGAUCACACCUCUUAAAUCUGUUUUCUCCAAAGACUUCCUUGUAAGCUGUCACUUUAAAAAAAAAAUCUACGUGACCUCCCUUAGCAACAGGCGUUGCUACGCUGGCAGUUUUUGUUAUGUGAGCAGCUUCUUACAACUUCGGAAGUGAAGCCUAAGGAAAGCCUGUCCUGACUCCAGCCGUUAUCCGUUAGAAGAUUCAGCACAAAGACUGCACACUCUGCUCUCGUCUCUAGGCUUAAGAGAAGUGAACCUUUCCAGGGCUUUGAGUAAAGUUCUUACAGGGAUCCAGAAAUGAGUCACAAAGAAGAAAAACUGAAAAUCAUCUCAGAGGAAUUUGUUGAAAAUGAAGAUAAAGAGGCAGAAAAACUGAAGAAAAAGUUGAAAGUUCAAAAACAAAGAAGAAAGAAACAGCUGCAGGACUCUGGCCUUGAGGAACAUUUGGAAGGGGAAGCCAAUCUUGGCUUUCAACAGGAACAGCAUCAAGAGGAGUCAGAACCAAAUCUCCUAAGCAUGGCCAUCCGACAAGGGCCACGGAAUUUACCUCCUAUUCCUUCCACUUCAAGAACAGGCUUCGCAGAAUUUUCCAUGAGGGAAAGAAUGAGGAAAAAAUUAAAGGCUGCAAGGUCCAAAGCAGAAAAUGCUUUGCUGCAGGAAAUCCCUAGCCCAAGACCCAGGCACUUUGUAAAUCACAGAGAAGAAGAAGAAGUGACUGGAUUUGAUGAAGAGCAGCCAGGCAAAAGUGUAUUAAGGGAGGCCACCAGAGGAAGUUCCCAGAGAUCUACAAGAGUCAAGUUUCAAGAUUUUGGAAGGAAGACCAAAUUCAAAGCACAGGUUCCCCCUGGAUUCCCAACUGCAGAAGAAGCCUACAACUUCUUUACUUUCAAUUUUGAUCCUGAACCAGAAAAGGAUGAAACAAAAGACAAAAAAAGAGAGGAAUCUAAUCAGGAGGUGGAAGAAGGGGAGGAAGAGGAAGAGCAACCAGCUCAUGAAGAACAAGUAGGAAAAAUGGAUGAAGAGGAGGCUGUUAAUGAGAAAGAGGCUGAUGACUUCUUGCUUGAUUUAGAUCAGACAGUCCAUGAUUUUCUGGUAAUAAGAGCAGCAGAAUACGAAAGCAUCCAUGAAAUGCAGAAGAAGGAAAGAGAGAUUCUCUUCAGACCCAGUUCUAUUACAGUGCCUAUUUAUAAAAAAAUUCCUGAAAAUAUGCAACCAAGGUACCUUGAAGAUGAAGGUCUUUACACUGGAGAAAGGCCAAUGGUCCCACGAAGUAAUCAAAACAUUAUGGAGAAUCGAUUGCUGAUACAGGAACAAGAGAGAAAAUGGUUUGGUGAUGAUGGCAGGAUCCUAGCACUCCCCAAUCCAAUUAAACAGUUUUCUACAAGACCACCAAUAUUCUCGCCAGAAGAAGGUAUAGAAGCAGGACUAGAAACAUUAUAUAAAAAGGCAGUCAACUCUGUACGCAAUAACCAAUACAUUGUUGGUUCUGGAGAUUCUCUGGGUCAGUUUCAACUGGACAUUGACAUUUCAGGAUUAAUAUUUACUCAUCAUCCCUGCUUUAGCCGGGAGCAUGUUUUAGCAGCCAAAUUGGCUCAGUUAUAUGAUCAAUAUCUUGCAAGACGUCAGAGGAACAAGACAAAAUUUCUCACAGAUAAGCUCAGUGCUCUGAGGAAUGCUGUACACACUCUCCCUGAUUACACCAAACCCCAUGGGUCUGGCCACACAGCUCAAGAAAGCAUGAACAAGUAUAAAUUUGAAAUUCGACAAACACGGAAACUACGUGAUGCCGAAGAAGAAAAAGAUCGAAUAUUGCUUAAGACCAUGAUAAAAGUUUGGAAAGAAAUGAAAUCCCUUCGAGACUUUCAGAAGUUUACCAACACCCCCAUAAAACUAUUUUUGAGGAAGGAAGAAGUUGACUGGAAAAUAGAUGAAAAGACAUUUGAAACAGAAAUUCAAGCAGAAACAAAUGAGUUAUUAGAGGAGCACAUGGAAGAGUAUGAAAAGAAGAUGGAGGAAUAUAAAACCGAGUACCAAGAAUGGAAAGCCUGGAAGAAAGCGCAGAGGAUCAAGAAAAAGAAAAAGAAGGCAACAGAAGAACAAGAUGAGGUAACUGAGGAGCCGGAAUAUGGUGAGGAACCUGUGAAACCCAUUCCUCCAGAACCUAUUGAUAGGUCAACAAUAGAGCAACAGGUUAGAGAGAAAGCCUUACACAACCGGAGAAAGCCUGGAGAGCCUGUUUUAGUCCCUGAACUGAGCCUGGCUGGAAGUGUGACACCCAAUGAGCACUGUCCAAGGGCAGAAAUCUUGAGAAGAGAAGACAUAAAGAAGCGUUCAGUAUUUUUAAAAGUCCUUUUCAACAACAAAGAAGUUUCUAGGACAGUCAGUCGUCAAAUAGGCAUGGACUUCCGAGUUCAUUUUGGACAAAUUUUCAAUUUACAGAUACAUAAUUGGCCAGAGAGUUUAACACUUCAGAUCUAUGAAACAGUUGGCUAUGGCAGCACUAACCUGUUAGCAGAAGUCUUUUUACCCAUCCCUGAGACGACAGUGUUCACUGGAAGGGCCUCUAUUGAAGAAGUUGAGUUUAGCAGCAAUCAGCAUGUGACACUGAACCACGAGGGAGUCGGAAGCGGUGAGCCCUUUUCAUUUGAAGCUGAUGGCAGCAACAAAAUGAUUUUGAUGACCUCUGGCAAAGUGUCCAAUAGUGUUUCCUGGGCAAUUGGAGAAAAUGGGAUGCCUUUGGUCCCACCAGCAUCACAGCAAAGCAUUGGCAUUCGAAGGAAAGUCGAUGCCAUUGCAUCCAUUGGUGCAUCAGGUUUAACAGACAUGAAGAAGUUGGCAAAGUGGGCAACAGAAUCAAAGCUGGACCCAAAUGACCCAAACAAUGCCUCACUGAUGCAGCUAAUAAUGGUUGCUACCACUGGAGAUACUUAUAUUCCAGAAUUCUUCCGACUGGAGCAGUUGCAACAAGAAUUUAAUUUUGCUUCAGAUGAGGAGCUCAACAGAUCUAAGAGAUUCAGACUUCUACGUCUCAGAAGCCUGGAGGUACCUGAGUUCCGGAAUUUUAAGCAAGUUCCCGUUUAUGACCGAGAAAUAAUGGAAAAGGUAUUCCAGGACUAUGAGAAACGGAUACGUGACAGAGGUGUUAUUGAAACCAAGGAUCACUUAGAUACUCAUAGAGCUGUAGUGGCCAAGUACCUCCAACAGGUUAGAGAAUCUGUGAUAAACCGUUUCUUAAUUGCAAAACAUCAUUUUCUUCUUUCGGAUCUGGUUGUAGAAGAGGAUGUUCCCAAUAUCAGCAUUCUGGGUGUGAGCCUCUUCAAGUUGGCAGAACAAAAGCGACCUCUGAAGCCUAGAAGAAAAGGAAGGAAAAAGGUUCCAACACAAAAUCUGUCAGAUGGAGACAUCAAAGUCUUGGUGAAUGUGCUUAGAGCCUAUGACAUUCCAGUACGGAAACCCAUAACCAGCAAACUCCAGCAGCCGUCUCGAUCUUCAAGGCCUUUCAGUGAAACACUUGUGACUUCCCCAUCAACACAAAGUCCAGCCCAUACUGUGGACAAUGUGCUCAGCCAGGUUUUAGUUCGACCUUUCGUCGAAGUUUCUUUUCAAAGAACUGUUUGCCACACUACUACAGCUGAAGGUCCAAAUCCUAGCUGGAAUGAGGAACUUGAACUUCCAUUUAGAGCUCCUAACAGUGAUUAUAGCACAGCCAGUAUGCAAUCAGUAAAGGAUGAUAUAUUCAUUAACAUUUUUGAUGAAGUACUCUAUGAUAUCUUAGAGGACGAUCGUGAAAGAGGAAGUGGCAUCCACACCCGUAUUGAGAGACAUUGGUUGGGAUCUGUUCGAAUUCCAUUUAGUACUUUAUAUUUUCAGGGCAGGAUUGAUGGUACCUUUAAAAUAGAUGUUCCUCCGGUUCUCCUGGGCUACAGUAAAGAGAGAAACAUAAUUAAUGAAAGGGGCUUUGAUUCUCUCAGAAGUCUGAGUGAAGGCACCUAUAUCACACUCUUUAUGACUAUUGAACCUCACCUUGUACCUGGGGAAUCAGUUCGAGAAAAGAUGACUGACAUGCUAAAGAAGUUUGAUUCCCAGGAAGAUGAGAAAUUACUUCAAGCAACAGAGAAGUUUCAGGUUGAAUGUGCCCUGAAAUUUCCAAAACGACAAUGCCUUACCACCGUAACCAACUUAAGUGGGAAAACAGUUUUUAUCACACGUUACCUGAAGCCUUUAAACCCACCCCAGGAGAUCCUAGAUAUGUAUCCCAAUAAUCCACAAGCAACAGCAGAGCUGGUGGCCAGAUACGUUGCUUUGAUUCCUUUCUUGCCUGACAAUGUUUCCUUUAGUGGCAUCUGUGAUUUAUGGAGCACAUCAGAUCAAUUUCUUGAUCUGCUGGCGGGAGAUGAAGAAGAGCAUGCGGUACUGUUGUGCAAUUAUUUUCUGGCCCUGGGUAAAAAAGCCUGGCUUGUGAUGGGCAAUGCUAUUCCUGAGGGUCCAACUGCCUAUGUGCUAACUUGGGAACAAAGCCAAUAUUUAAUAUGGAAUCCCUGUAGUGGACGCUUUUAUGGACAGUUUGAUACAUUUUGUCCUUUAAAAAGUGUGGGCUGCUUAAUAAGUCCUGAUAAUAUUUGGUUUAAUAUUCAACGGUAUGAUUCUCCAAUGAGGAUAAAUUUUGACAUCACCAAACCCAAACUAUGGAAAUCUUUUUUUUCAAGAAGUCUUCCAUAUCCAGGGCUCUCAAGUGUUCAGCCUGAAGAAUUGAUUUACCAACGUACAGACAAAGUUGCUACCUCAGAACUACAAGACAGGAUUGAAAAAAUACUGAAGGAGAAAAUCAUGGAAUGGAGACCACGCCACAUGACUCGAUGGAAUAGAUAUUGUACAUCUACUCUACGACACUUCCUGCCUUUGCUGGAAAAGAACCAAGGGAAAGAGGUAGAAGAUGACCAUAGAGCAGAACUCCUCCGACAGCUGGGAGAUUAUAGGUUCUCCGGAUUUCCAAUUCAUAUGGCAUUUUCUGAAGUGAAGCCUUUGAUAGAGGCUGUAUACAGCACUGGAGUUCACAACAUUGAUAUUUCCAAUGUUGAGUUUGCUUUAGCUGUCUAUGUACAUGCUUACCCCAAAAAUGUUCUCUCUGUAUGGAUCUACGUGGCUUCGCUUGUUCGCAACAAAUAAAUACUCCAAAUUGUGCAUUGUAUUUUUGAGCAUGCUACAGGUAAAAUUAAAUCAAGAACUAAUAGCACUGGUCACUUUGGGGAAAGAGGAGUAUAUUUUCAGAUGCCAAAGAUAGGAGUGCGCUUAAUUUGAAGGCUAUUAAAAAAAAAACACAAAACCUACAACUGAUGGAUUUACCUCAUUUAGGUACUACUAGUUUUAUUCUGAAGCUUACAUAGAAAAGUUUUUCUAUUUGUAAAUGUGAGGGCCAAAAUUUGAUAUACAGAGUGUUAUUUGGGUGACUCACCUUAAU